AUGCAAGUGGAAUGGAGUGCGGAUAGCUUGGUGAUGGUGACGGAUGGCUUGGUGGCAAUUAAUGAUGAUGAUUGUGCCAAUACUAAUGUAGAAAAAUGCUUAAAAGGAACAGGCUCGACUGACCAUUCCGAUGACACUUUCAUCGUGCGCAACACCGGCAAAAGGAAAAUUAGGAAUACAGAAUAUAUCAGUGAACUACAUCGAUACAAUUCAAAAUGUACACAAUGCAAAAUUGUAGUUGAUAAAGUUCGCUGUCUUUUAAAUGAAAUUAAAACUAUAAAAGAAAAUGAAACUGUUGGUAUUUGCAAUAAUUGCAAACGAUCAGGCAAAGUAACAUGUGCUAAAUGUGAGUAUAUAGUAAAAAAGUUUGUUGAUAACUGUGAAAGGGGUCGCAAUGAAAGACAAGAGCGUUUUAAAGUUUGGCUUAGCAAAGUGAAAUAUUUACUUCAAUCUAUACUAACUGAAGAGGGAAAUUCACCCUGGAGUCACUAUGGAGCGUAUAAAGAUGCCGAAUUGGAAAGACUUUUAGAAGAUCUAAAAGAACCACUGGAUAUACGACAGCCAGAUAUAGAUGUCUUUCCAACUUUGGAAGAUGAGCUUUCAUCUAUGCAAGCUUUGUCCGACAGUAAGAUAUUACUUGAAGAAUUACUUUCUAAGAUUAAACCUAAAACUGGAGAACAUACCGCAGAUUUGCCUGCGUGUAAAAACAUUUGUAUAUGUAAAGACUUAAAAGAAAACCACCCCGAAGAAGUGUCACCUGAUUUAGCUGAAAAAGUAUAUGACGGGUCUCGAGCUACGAUACUAUUUGGAGAACCUCUAAAGGACCUCGACAUAUCAUUAAGUCAAGAAGAGUGUAGAGACUUAGUAAAAAGAUUAAUUGUAUUAAGCCAAGAUCUACCAGAAGAAAUAAAUUCAAAUAAAGAAUUGAUACUAGAUAUUAUUAAAACCAUAGAUAUUGCUUCUAAACUGGGAUUAUCUAGAUGUAUUGUAAAUAAACUAAUAAGGCAAUUAAGAGAACUAGACAUAUCCCUUGGAUAUGAAAUGUAUAAAGAACUGAAUAAAAAUGUGAUUAAUAGACUGAUUAGUGAUUUAUAUGAUUUUCUUAUGGUAGGAUCUUCUCAAACUAUAAAUAAAGGAUUUUUAAAAUUAUUGAUGUUACUUAAUAAUUUACUGAUGAGUGAACUGGCUAAGAAAAUAGACAGGCAAGCUAAAGAAAAAAGUAUAUCAGAAAGUGUCAGGAAAGAAAUAAAUUAUGAAGAUCAGACUGAUAUUGAUAAAACAGUUACUAAAAUCGAAGCUAAAGAAUUACAGCACAAUAAAUAUGAAAUUCCAACUAAAGAUACAAAUGAAGGCUUACUUGAAAAUAAGUACGGAGCCAAAAAUCAAAUAACAAUAGAAAGAUCAAAAAAAUUAGAUUCGUCUAAAGAAGGUAAAAAAGCUUCACAAGAUUUACCAAAAAACUUUGGAGAUAAAUUACAAAAGUCUAUAAAAAAUUCUGUACUUAAAGACAAAGAUGUUUCACCUAAAACAGGAAGCAUAAAAAGUAUGCAUGCUCCUGGCGGAGUAAAAAAUUUACUUGAUAAACAUAAACUACCACCAAUAUUUAGAAAAGAUGAUGAAGAAAGUAAACCUCCAAGUGCCAAAAGUAGAACUAAGGACACGAUAUCUACAAUUACACAGAAACAGGCUUUGUCUAAAGUAAAACCCAAAAAAAAUGUUGAGGCGACGAGAACUAAGUACGAUUUACGAGAACAGUUGGAAAUACAGAAAGGUGAACAACAAAAUAGAACUAUUUACAGUCUAGAAAUAGAAGCAGCUUUAGAAAAAGCUAAAAAUAAGAAACAAAAUAGGAUUGAAGAGGAGACAACGAAACGUUUGGAGCGUAAACCAAUUAUUCCAUUGUCAUCUACACAACUUCGGAAAGCAAAGCAGCUUUCACAACUUAUACUUGAAAAAAUAUUGCACUACGAAAAAACAAAUGAUAUGAAAGAAAUAAAGGAAGAGGCACGGGAAGUUAAACAAUCGGAAAACGAAAAGGCAAGGUCUGAACUAGUUAUGGAAAAGAUUCGUCCAACUUUAACAAUAAUGGAUACCUCAUCUAGUACCAGUACCACGACUAUUUCAAAUGUCAUCGAAUGUUUAGCAACUCAUGAACGAAUACGAAAAACACCGAAACUUAUGAUUCAAGGGGAAAGAAUUGUACCAUAUAACGCUGAAUAUGUCGAUAAUUUGCAUAAAGGCAAACAUCCUAUAAUCAAAACACAUGAUUUAACAGAAGUUCCUGAGCGAGAUGACGUUGAAAAAGAAGCUGAAUCUUCUAUAGACCAUGACAUGAAUAUAUACAAGAUGGUACCAUCCCAACCACAUCGUGAUUGGUUUAGUUUAAAUAAAAAUCGUCAGCUCUACUAUGAUACUGGAGAAAUAUUAGCCUCUGUUAAUUCUGAUGGUCGUGGUUACUGGUAUUACAGUAGCGGACCCGUUGCAUUAGAAUAUUAUAAUGCUAAAGAACCCUAUGUCGGACAAAGGUACGUGGUCUACAGCUCAGGAAAAGAGGUGGAGCAUGGUAGGCUUAAGCCACGUACGAUUCUGGCAUUAUUUGACUUACAAGGAAAUGGUAUAGUCUACGAUCAUUAUGGAAAUGUCAGACUGAAAUAUAACCAAUCAGAAGGUGUUCUGGUAGAUCCUACACUAGGGUCGCCAAGCAAAUGGAAAUGGCACACGUUAAACGACCCUCCGGUCUUGCAGCAAGUAAUUUUAAAUCCACAUCUUAAAGUCCGAGAUAGUGGAAUUGAACGUCUAGGAAAAACUCAGAGGGCGCUCGACUCCAACCCUGUUCAAAAGGAAAUUGAUCCUGAAAUGAUAGCGAUAGAACUAGACAAUUUCGCCAGAGAGAAAACUUCGAAAUUAAUACAGAAAUACAAAAAGUUGGAGAUUAGAAUGAAGGCUAUCAAACUGAAUGAGCAGUUUUCAUUGAGAAUUCACGACCAAGCCACUAUUCAUUUGUUUUUCCGUGAUGGGACAACUAGCUUGAAGUUGAAUUUGGGCUUAUUGUUGAUUAGCGACGAAAUUGUUGAUACGGAUACAGCAGAGAUGACGGAUGUUUCGACACCGUACGACAGAUUGCCUGCCAAGAGUCCGAGUGUGGCAGAUAUUCAACAGUUUUUGAAGUUAGUCAAUCUUCGGAAUCAGACGUCAUUCCCCACUCAAAUCUAA